CACCUGUUCGUGAUGUUGAACAUUGUAAAAUAGUGCCCGUUUGUGAUAUUAAAUAUGAUGAAUUGAAAGAUUUAAAAUAUGCAUGGAAGGGAGGUUUUAGUGACGUUUACGAGGGAAUAUGGGAAGGACGACAUAUAGCAGCGAAAUUUGUUAGACGUGAAACUCCUACAGAAUUAAAGGAUUUUGACCAUCCUUCAUUAAGACCUGAAAUUUCAAAAAUAUUGAAUAAUCUUAAAAGUUUCAAUGAAAAACCGAUUUGUACAGAAAAAGAUAUCCCAUCGACAGAAUUAAAAUCUAUCACUUGGGACUCUAUUUUGCCACUAAUCAAAGAAGCUCGUCAAGUUAAAUCCUUUUACAGUUCUUAUCGUUACGAUGAUAACAUUCAACUUAAUAAACGAAUGUGUAACAAGUUAGGUGGAUGUAUCAUUGAAGCUGUAUCCAAGGUUGAGAUGCUUCAAAAUCAAGUCAAUUAUGACGAUUACGAUGAUUUAUUAGCAUGGGAUUAUUAUGAUAUCAAAUCUUUUAUUGAGAAUAUUUCUCAAAUCAGAGGACUAAAAUCUUAUAUUCAAGAUACUGAUUCUGGAAUUUCAUUGGAACAAUUAAAAGAUAAAUAUAUCAAAUUGCUAGAAGAAUUUCAUGAAUCUACAUCAUCCCUCGGGUUUAAUAUUCAGAAAGAUAACAAAAUUGACGAUAUACACAGAGAUAUUGAAGAAACAAAGAAGGGGGGUUCUAUGUAUAGCUUUAUCGACAAGAUAAUUGUCGAUAUUCAAAAUACUGCUAGUAAUAAAUUAUUUGAAAAUGAAAUUAUUCAAGAGCUCUAUGACAAUGGAAAAGUCGCAAAAAUAGAAUAUAAACCACGUGAUAUGGAAAGAUUUUUUGUUCAAAUUGCAUUUUUAAAAAAUUUAAAGGGCUUAGUUAACAUAUCCAAAUUCUAUGGUGGAAUAAAACACGACAAUCAAAUAGAAAUAUUUAUAGAAUGCAUUUUGAUAACAAGUGAUCUUAAAGCUAAAAUUACAAAUUUUUAUCAUAGCCGACUAGUUACAGAUGAAUCAGGGAAACUUCAUGUUAAAACUUCUCAAAACGAUACAAUGAGCAUUGUUAGCAACGAGCUUAACGUAAUUUUGUAUAGCUGA